CUGAGACUAACUACCACCAACCUCAGAAUGAUGACAAGCCUGACAGCUGGCAGAACAGUUCUGAAGAGGAUGAGGAUUAUGACGAGGACAGUGAUGAGGAAGAGACUGAUAAGAAUACUAAAAUAAGCAGCAGUGAGGAUGCAAAUGUUAUGGACUUUUACGAGGCUUACUUGCGGCAAAAGGAAUUCCCUCAUAAAUACAACAAUGAACAUAAAAAAUUUGUGGCUGCCAAAGAACGGAUGAAGAAAAACCAGCAACACAAGAUUACAAAGCUUCUUCAAGAGUGGCAGGCUGCCAGAGACCAUGUGAAUGAAGUGAGGAAAGCUGAUCCAAAGACGGCCGACAACAUGGCCAAAGAAAUUACUGAGCGAUUCCAGAACCUGUAUGCUGCCUACGAGAAAGAAGAUGAAGCUGAGAAGGAGCAGCUGAUAGGUCUGCACUUACAACAUGUCCAGGCUGCACUGAAUGAGAAGAAGAGGGAAACAAUGGAUAAAUACAUGAGAGCCUUGGAGAAAGGAGAUGCUAUCAAGAUCACCAAGUACCUACGAGGCUACAUCAAGGCUGAAGAGAAGGACCGCAUGCACACCGUGAACCAUUUUGAACACAUAAAGUACUCAGCACCACAGGAAGCUGUGCGCAUUCACCCUGUUAUUGUCAAUCACCUGCGCCUGUCAGAGCAGAGAAUCGACCAAGCCAUGGGCAUGCUCAAACGGUAUCCAGAAAUUGAGGCCAUGGUCAGACCUGAAGUUGAGGAAUUCUUGAAGAGAUUCGACUCCAUUGCAAAUAGCAUCAGAGAUGUUGUUCUACCUGAGCCAAAGGUUGAGCAAGAAGUGGAAGCUACAAGCCAAACAG